CUCUACACAGUAUGGCCGGCGACAUUAGCUAGCGCUCGCUAAACGGUAUUCUCUGUCAAAGGGAAGACGGCAAAAAAUCAAGCAAACGACACCUGGACUGCUUAAAAAAAACAACACAAGACUGAAUUAACCAUUUCAUUAAGUUAUCCGAACCUCGCCAGGAUUAACGCAAAUCUGAAAAAAUUACAGCCACCAACCCCCCCCCACCACCACCACCCCGACGUGUAAUUUGUAAUUUCUGUUGUCGGUGUCUGUUGUCUCACGAUGGAAGAGAACGGUGCACACUUCUUCGAGGGGACGGAGAAGCUGCUGGAGGUGUGGUUCUCCCGGCAGGACGAGAGCAAGGGGACAGGAGACCUCCGCAACAUCCCCAGGUUUGAGUGGGACAAACUUCUGGAGAAUGUGCACUGUUUGAUCAUAAGUGUGACAAAGACUGACAAGCAGGAAGCUUAUAUACUCAGUGAGAGUAGCAUGUUUGUCUCCAAGAGACGUUUCAUUUUGAAGACCUGCGGGACCACCCUCUUACUGCAAGCACUGGUUCCUCUGUUGGAGCUGGCGCGGGAGUACUGCGGCUUCGAUGCCAUCGAGAACUUCUUCUAUUCCCGCAAGAACUUCAUGAAGCCAGCCCAUCAGGAGUUCCCUCACCGGAAUUUCCAGGAGGAAGUCGAGUUUCUCAGCCAGAUCUUUCCAAAUGGCGCGGCCUACUGCAUGGGGCGUUUGAAUUCUGAUUGUUGGUACCUGUUUACUCUGGAUCUGCCGGAGUUCUGGGAGAACAAGCAGGCGGAUCAGACCCUGGAAGUUCUCAUGAGUGAGCUUGACCCAACGGUUAUGGACCAGUUCUACAUGAAAGACGAUGUUUCUGCAAAUGAUGUCACUCGUAUGAGUGGAAUACGUGACCUGAUACCAGGUUCUGUGAUUGAUGCCACAAUGUUCAAUCCAUGUGGCUAUUCUAUGAAUGGAAUGAAAACAGAUGGAACUUACUGGACGAUCCACAUCACACCAGAGCCAGAGUUCUCCUAUGUUAGCUUUGAAACCAAUCUCUCCCAGUCCUCCUAUGAUGAGCUAAUCAGAAAGGUGGUGGAUGUCUUCAAGCCAGGAAAAUUUGUGACUACACUUUUUGUGAAUCAGAGCUCUAAAUGUCGCAGUGUCUUCUCGUCUGCCCAGAAGCUCGAAGGGUACAAGCGCCUUGACCGCCAGCUGGCCCAGUUCAACGACUACAACUUCGUUUUCACCAGUUACGCCAAGGGCGGCCGCCAGCAGAACCAGCAGAGCUGAGCCGCGGGGAUGAGGAGGAAGCGGCGAGCCGGCGGCGGCCGGCCGGGCCUCCGCGCUGGUGCCGUGGGCCCCAGCCUAGCCUCCAGUGUGAAUUGUAUG